UUAGCGAUGGCGGAUUGCGGCAAUCCCAACGUCGAGCAAGAUGCGCUCAUGCAGCGCAGGAAGAAAUACGACAGAACGCGACAGUGCGUAAAGUGCCAUGACCAGCUCGGAAAUGUGGUCAUCCGGCACGCGGUCUACUGCAAGGGGUGUUUCUUCCCCACUGUGGUCGGCAAAUUCAGGCGCGUUCUGGAGCCGUCAAUAUCCAAAGACAAAAGCAAGAAGGGACUGAAGGCCACCGGCAACCUCUGCCUCGCCUUCUCUGGCGGUCUUGGGAGUUCAGUCCUCCUCGAUCUAAUCGGCUCGAACUAUUUUGCGGCUGAGGGUGAUGCUGGUCAUGAUUGGAGUCGCGGACGGGGCGGAGGGACUGAACAUCCUAGGAAUGAGCCAGUUUGGGAGCAUGCAACAGUCUGCUAUGUUGAGGUCUGCAAUGCCAUUCCUGGUGCACGGGAUCGCACCGAGGAAAUCCGUCAAAUUGUCUCGCGACUGGCUAGUUAUGCUAAAUUUCUCCCGUUGCGGCUUGAAGACGCGUUCGACCAUGCAUGGUGGGAGAGGGUUGGUAGGAGCAAGCCACACGGUCAGCUUUUCGUUGAUCUCGGGCAUCAAGACCUCUUACUCUCCAUUCGCAACACCUCAUCUUCACCUGUUGCUGCUCUCAAAGCCUAUCUCGCAUCUCUACCAACCCAGACUGCCGUCCCCACCGCUAUUCACAACCUCAUUCGCCUCUUACUCCUGCACACAGCACAGUUAACCAACAGCUCGCAUUUACUGCUAGGAACUUCGUUGACAUCACUAUCGAUAUCACUCAUUUCAUCCAUCGCACAAGGUGGUGGAUUUGUUGUGCGGGAAGAGGCACAGGAGAAUUGGCAGCCAGAUUCGACAAGUUCGCAAAAAGUCGCUGUUUCGCGGCCGUUACGUGACGUUGGGAUGAAGGAAUGCGCCAUUUGGGCGUGGUGGCGGGGCCUUGAAGUUGUCGGGAAGGAGAAUUACCUGGGUGGAAAACAGGGUAUUGGCGCACUUACCAAAGGUUUUAUCAUCGGCCUUGAACGCGAUUACCCCUCCACCGUCUCGACUAUCGCGCGGACUUGUGCGAAGCUGGCACCCAAGGAGGCAUCUGAUGGGCUCUGUACUCUUUGUGAGAGACCGGUCCAGCCGGGUGUCCAAGACUGGAAAGAGAGGAUCUCAAUACGGCAAUUCGACGAAAAGGCAGCGAUAGCUCGUAGCCAGCCCGGAUUGAUCCAGCGUCUGUGUUAUGCCUGCCAUACCACGCUUACCAGUCCUAGCAGUCGUGGUGGAGUUGGACAAUCCGCGAUAGAUGCGGUCCAGCUGCCUGUCUGGGUCGAGAGUCGAGUUCUGGGGUCGGAUGAGAUGAAGGAUGUAGUUGCAGAGUUUUUACUUGAUGACGAGGACUGA